AUGGAUGGUCCUCAUCUGUCUCGGAGCUGUGAACUAUCUCUGCACUGCUGUGCAGACGGGGGGUCACUAUCGUGCACCAAGACUCCCCAAGUCAGUGGGGUCAGAGUUCAGCUGGAGAUGCAUGCGCUUUGGCAGCAGUUUGACCAGCUGGGCACAGAGAUGAUUGUUACUAAAGCUGGAAGGAGGAUGUUUCCAACAUUCCAGGUGCAAAUCUCCGGGAUGGAUCCUACUGCUGAAUAUGUCCUGCUCAUGGACUUUAUCCCCGUUGAUGAUAAAAGAUACAGAUAUGCUUUCCACAGCUCAUCUUGGUUGGUGGCAGGGCGAGCGGAUGUCAUAGCCCCAAGCAGGAUGCAUUUCCACCCAGACUCACCUGCAUGUGGCGCCCAGUGGAUGAAGCAGACAGUUUCCUUCGACACUCUCAAGCUCACCAACAACCUGCUGGAUUACAACGGACAUAUGAUACUGAACUCCAUGCAUCGCUAUCAGCCGCGCUUCCAUGUGGUGUAUGUGGAUCCAGCUCCCAACAGUCACUUAAAUGCAAACAGGAACUUCUGCUCUUUUUCCUUCCCUGAGACACGCUUUAUGGCAGUCACUGCCUAUCAGAAUCACCGGAUAACCCAGUUAAAAAUUGCUAGCAACCCAUUUGCUAAAGGCUUCAGGACUACAGACCUGCAGGACCGGGUGGGUUUUUCCGGACCCCUAGAUGUGUGGUGUCCACCAGAGGGCAGAGCUGAGUCAUUCACCACCAAACCCAGAGAGCAGAGAAGCUGGGGAUCCAACACUUCAACCGGAAAGGAGGACCCGGCCCCGUUGAUGGUGGAGCAGUGUGGACUAUUCCACCACCUUAAAGACACUGUGGGACAUAACAUGGAGAGUAAGGACGGGGACAGUGUAUUAGCACCCACUUCUUUCCCCUCUAUGCCUUCCUACUGGGACUGUCUAGGACCAUCUCAAGAGAGAGACGGUCUUUUGUAGGAAAAGAGAAGCGAAACUUAUUGAGCUUUGAAUUUAAUUCAACUUACAGCUUGCUUCUUCAGCUGAUAUCAAUGUUAAUUUGUGUUGUAUUAUAAAUGUAUGUACUUGUUUUCUGUCUCUCAAACAUUUUAUAGUCAACCUAUGUAUUAAGUCAAAACCACAAUGACAUGUCACCUGUUAGACACUUUUAUCCAAAACAACUUACAUAGAUUCAAUACUGUCGGCAAUCCCCACAGGAGCAAUUUUAGGUGAGAGGCAGUGGGAAUGGAACCAGCGCUCCCUUUAUCCGAAGAUCACUCACUAGCCGACUGAGCCAUCUAUUUACAUUUCCUUUCAAAUGUCUAUGUCCCUGUCAUGGUGGAAUAAAUGGUCUGGAACAAGCUAUUUUUAUAAGAAUGUUUAAUAUUACAUUAUGCUCUUGUUUAUCUUACUCUAUUUUACAUGUAUUUAUAUUUCUGCAUUUACUUGGUCACUUGCAACAUUCUCUGCAACAUGUAGCUUAUUGUAUUCUA